AGUUCAGUUCUUAUCAGAAAAAAAAAAUAAAUAAAUAAAAAUUGUUUGAAGUGAUUUUACAGUCAAUUCACGAAAAAUUUCUCAAAGUUUUUUAGUAAUUGGUUUAUAUUGUACAAAAUGUUGAAUAUUCCAAAUGAAAAUAAGGUUCGUGGCCACCAAAGAGCGCCAUCAGAUACGAAAGAAUUCCAUGAAGUAACCAAACGGGAUGCACUGAAAUCGUUGGAAAAUGAUUUGGAUCGUCUGCAACAGACUGCACCAGCAGACAAGCGACCGCAAUUGCAGAAAGAAAUGGCACGUUUUGCCGAUCUAUUCGGACGUUUCUUGCAAGAGGAGGGUCCGUCCAUCGAUUGGAAUAAAAUACAAAAACUGCCCGCAGAUGCUGUGAUGGAUUACUCCAAACUGAAUUCACCCAAAAAUGAGCAGAACGAGAUUCGCACAAUGUUGGACAAGUUGGUUGUCGUAAAGCUGAAUGGUGGUUUGGGUACAUCAAUGGGUUGUCAUGGCCCCAAAAGUGUUAUACCAGUGCGCUCCGAUUUGACGUUCCUCGAUUUAACUGUGCAGCAAAUUGAGCACUUGAACAAAACCUACGAUGCCAAUGUGCCUCUAGUUCUCAUGAAUUCAUUCAACACCGAUGAGGACACGCAGAAGAUCAUACGUAAAUAUACCGGUUUCCGUGUUCAGAUACACACAUUCAAUCAGAGUUGUUUCCCACGCAUUAGUCGUGAAUCGUUUUUGCCCGUUUCCAAAGAUUUCGAUGUGGAUAAGAAUAUUGAUGCCUGGUAUCCACCUGGUCACGGUGAUUUCUAUGAUACCUUCCGCAAUUCUGGUUUACUCAAGAAAUUCAUUGAUGAAGGCCGUGAAUAUUGUUUCCUAUCCAAUAUUGACAAUUUAGGCGCUACCGUCGACUUGGCUAUACUCAAUAAAUUGGUUGGUGAGGAGCGCUCUGCUCAACCUGUGGAAUUUGUGAUGGAAGUUACUGAUAAAACCCGUGCUGACGUUAAGGGUGGUACCCUAAUUAACUUUGAGAACAAAUUGCGUCUACUUGAAAUCGCACAAGUGCCGAAAGAGCAUGUUGAUGACUUCAAAUCAGUGAAAACGUUUAAGUUUUUCAAUACCAACAACAUUUGGGCGAAAUUGGAUGCCAUCGAUCGUGUACUUCGUGAACGCACACUCAACAUGGAGAUCAUCGUUAAUAACAAAACAAUGGAGAAUGGUGUGCGUGUUGUUCAAUUGGAAACCGCUGUGGGUGCCGCUAUGAAAUGCUUUGACGGUGCGAUCGGUAUCAAUGUGCCACGUUCACGUUUCUUACCUGUGAAAAAGACCUCCGACUUGCUUUUAGUCAUGUCCAAUUUGUAUCAUUUGAAAAAUGGCAGUCUCGUGAUGUCACCACAACGUAUGUUCCCCACCACACCGCUAGUGAAAUUAGGUGAAAAUCAUUUCUCCAAAGUGAAAGAGUUCCUCGGACGUUUUGCCAAUAUACCCGAUAUAAUUGAAUUGGAUCACUUGACGGUGUCUGGUGAUGUCACUUUCGGACGCGGCGUGUCACUAAGGGGUACAGUCAUCAUUAUUGCAAAUCAUGGUGAUCGUAUCGAUAUACCGGCUGGUGCCAUACUGGACAAUAAAAUCGUUUCGGGCAAUAUGCGUAUAUUGGAUCAUUAGAAAUUUGUUGUGGGUCGCCGCUGCUGUUCAAAA